GCGCCAGCCAGCCGACGUGGCUCGGUUGUACCUGCCAGUGGCUCAACCAGCACUCGGGGAGCUUUUUCUUCCCGUUUGCAGGGCCUGUCGACGCGCCCGACACGUGGCAGUCCCGUCGUAUGUGACGUGGCUGUUUCGUUGCUGGAGGACGACGCAUGGGCAGGGGAAGCGCUGGCGGAUUAAGUGAUUCUCAUUUUUCGCGACGCGAUGGAUUCGGCGGGGACUCUUCAACAAGAUGCGGCGGACUGGCUUGACGUCUUGGGGGCGGCUCAUCAGGAGCUGCAGGCGACGGUGGGUGAGCUGACUCAGCGCUCGCAGGAGCAGGCAGCGUUGGAAGGGGUUGGGCUCUCCUUGUCUGCAUGGGUAGCUUCCCGUUCACAAAUUUUGUUGGACAUCGUUUGGGAGAUAGAGGAGUUGGAGGAGAUGUUAGUUUCUGGGCCUCAUCCUUCUCUGGAUUGGCGCCAGGUGGAGGCCGAGCUGGCAGUUCGCAAGGCCGUUUAUCGCCAAGGGCGUGACGUGUGUAAUCUCUUGGAGGAUUGGUCUUGUGAGAUGGACGCAGGGCGGCCGCUCAUGCCGGAUGGUGCUUCGCCUGUAACGUUUGUGGCGGCUGAUCGGACUGUGCUGGCGGCUUGUACCUCCUCUCCCAUCACGAAUGACACCGACAUGUUCAGCUUUAACUAUCGGUCCAACAGCAACGACUUCAUCAAUAAUCACUGCUGCUACAUCACGAACGUCGGCGGCAUUCCCACCAACUACACUUGCUACAACUAUCACUACUUUACUUCCACCACUUCUCACACCGGCAUCGACUCGCCAGCGGAGGGCGCGGAGGCUGCCAGGCUGGCAUGGGCGACACCCGUCAUUGUAGGGAUGUUGCUUGGUUGGCCGCGGAAGGAGGUUCGAUUGUUGCGACGGGGCGCCGAGAGCGAAGCUUUGGAACCCCCUAGGCAUGCCGACCAUUCACCUUACGAACUCGGGAUCAAGAUUACCGAAAAACCCGUAAGCUCGCGGGACAUCGACGAUGGCAUAACGUCGGAAGAACACGUGGCAAUCCGGGAGGAAGACGCCCAAAUGGUUGCCACAGUGUUUUCCUGGCGAUCGGACAAAUCAUUCAUUUCGUCUCCCCCACCCAAAAACGAGCACAUCAAAUGGGCACUUGGGGCAUUACGGGAUGCUGGAUUCAAGAUCGCGCUUGAGAAAAGCGAGUUCUUCCUCUCAAAGAUCUCGUUCCUAGGUUUCUGUCUUCUCGAGGUGGUGUUCCAUUGGGCCGAGCCGGCCAACAAGGACGAAGAAGACGAAGUCCCCGACAACGAGGUGAAGUUGUUGAUAGUCCAAGCGUGGAGAAUGGAUACAGAGGGGGAGUUGUUGGGGAUCCUGUUCGGAGAGGUGAGGGACGUCCAUCUGGAGCCGAUCACGAAUGAAGACCUGGUAUUCCUGGCGCAGCUCUUGGACGACCUGCCUCUGGACGUCCUUUCACGCUGCGACGAGCGGCCCACAUCAGUCGCGCUCACCCGUACGUUUGCGUCGCAUCUGUCGUGGUCCACGUGCACGGAGAUUAACGGGGACAACUGCUACCACCCCUCCUCGGGCCACUACCUGGUCAUCGACGUGACCGAUCUCGCCCUUUGGAAUCCGAUCACUCGGAGAGGAGAGGAGAGAGAGGAGGUAGACGAAGAAGAGAGAGAGGAGGCGAGUGAAGAGGAAGAAGAAGAAGAAGAAGAAGAAGAAGAAGAGGAGAACUCGGGGACGGGAUCUGACGAUCCCGAUUACAACGGGACAGAGGAGAGCGAGUCGGGAGCAAUGGAAUCAGAGGAGUCGAGCAGCUCCAGCGAACGAAGCGAGGAAGAAGACAGAGCCGCAAAGCAGAAGAGGCGCGAGAAGGCAGAAAGAAAGCGGCCGAUCAAGCAAUCGCACGGACCAGCGACAUGGCUGUUAGCCUGUUACCGGGUGAUCCAGCUCCCAACCCCGAGCCGCCGCAUGAGGAACCGGUGAGAGAUGGUGUCACCGCAGAGGGAUCACGCAGCAGGCGUUGACGAAGAAGUCCUUCGCCGACUCAAUCCCCUCUGC